UCAAUUCAUCUCCGAUCGGUCCAUCCAGCGGCCAUUUUCCUUGCAUAUUGCCGGACGAUCGAGCGGCAGCAAAGAUGAGGGGGGCGGCGCUGGUGGCGCUGGCGGCGGCGCUGGGCAACAUGCUGCAGGGGUGGGACAACGCCACCAUAGCCGGCUCACUCCUCUACAUCAAGCGCGACUUCGGCCUGCACGGCCAGCCCGCCCUCCAGGGCCUCCUCGUCGCCACCUCCCUCAUCGGCGCCACCCUCAUCACCACCUUCUCCGGCCCGCUCUCCGACCGCGUCGGCCGCCGCCCCAUGCUCGUCGCCUCCUCCCUCCUCUACACGCUCGCGGGUCUGCUCAUGCUCUGGUCCCCCACAGUCGGCGUGCUCCUCCUCGCCCGCCUCGUCGACGGCUUCGCUGUCGGCCUCGCCGUCACGCUCGUCCCUGUCUACAUCUCUGAGACCGCGCCGCCCGAGGUCAGGGGCCUGCUCAGCACGCUCCCGCAGCUCACGGGGUCGACCGGCAUGUUUCUCUCCUACUGCAUGGUGUUCGCCAUGACACUCGCGCCCAGCCCCAACUGGCGGGUCAUGAUGGGGGUGCUCGUCUUGCCAUCGCUGGUCUACGUCGCCGUCACCGUGUUUUUUCUACCGGAGUCUCCGCGCUGGCUGGUGAGCAAGGGCCGGAUGAAGGAGGCCCGGGUCGUGCUGCGGAUGCUUAGGGGCCGCGAGGACGUCGACGGCGAGAUGGCGCUCCUCGCCGAGGGCCUCGGCGCUGGCGGGGAGACUGCCAUCGAGGAGUACAUCGUCGGUCCGGCGCCUGAAGACGAUGGCGGUGAUCAAGCUGGUGCCGCCGUGAGGCUUUACGGGCCGGAGCGAGGGAUGUCGUGGGUGGCACAACCGGUGCCGCUCGGCGGGCAGGGCAGCAUGCUCUCCAUGGGCAUGUCGCGGCAGGGCAGCUUGCUCGGCAGCAUCGCCGGGCUGUCGCGGAUGGGCAGCAUGCUCGACCACCUGCAGGACCCCGUAGUCGCGCUCCUCGGCGGCCUUCACGACAUGAAGCCCGCCGCCGACGGCAACGGCAACACGCUUUUCACCAACUUUGGCAGCAUGCUCAGCGCCCACGGAGGCAUGGAUUGGGACGAGGAGAACGCCGCGCCCAGCGAUGAUGAUGACAAGACUACUGCCGGCGCCGGCGAAGACGACGUAGAUGCCGAGGGCCUCCGCGCUCCACUGCUGGACAUGCGGACGCAGAGCAGCAUGACCGGCAGCGGGAUCGGCGUGGGCCAGAGCCAGGCGACGAGCACCAUGGGCAUCGGCGGCGGGUGGCAGCUGGCGUGGAAGUGGACGGAGGACGUCGCGCCGGACGGCACGCGACAGAGCGCCGUCCAGAGGAUGUACCUGCACGAGGAGCCGGGCGGCGACGGCCAACACGUGCACGCGGCGGCGCUGGUCAACCAGUCGGCGCUCUACAGCACCACCAAUGACAACCUGCAGCCGGACGAUCCGAUCACCCCGAUGGGCCCAGCGAUGGUGCACCCGGCGUCGUGUCCGGCGGCAGAGAAACCGCGGUGGCGGGACCUGCUGGAGCCGGGCGUCCGGCACGCGUUGGUGUGCGGCGUGACAAUCCAGAUCCUACAACAGUUCUCCGGCAUCAGCGGCAUCCUCUACUACACGCCGCAGAUCCUCGACCAGGCCGGCGUCAGCGUGCUCCUCUCCAACCUCGGCCUGACCUCCGACUCUGCCGCCAUCCUCAUCUCCGGCCUCACCACGCUCCUCAUGCUCCCCGCCAUUGCCGUCGCCAUGCGGCUCAUGGACGUGGCCGGCCGCCGGAGCCUCCUUCUCUGGACGAUCCCAGUGCUGAUUGUCUCCCUAGUGUCCCUGGUGACGGCGGACGUGCUCCCCUUGGCGACCACCCUGCACGCCGCCGUGUCGACCACGAGCAUCAUCAUCUACAUCUGCACGUUCGUCAUGGGGUUCGGGCCCAUCCCGGGCAUCUUGUGCUCCGAGAUCUUCCCGACGAGGGUGCGCGGAAUGUGCAUCGCCAUCUGCUCCCUCGCCUUCUGGCUCAGCAACAUCGCCGUCACCUACAGCAUGCCGGUGAUGCUCGACUACUUGGGGCUCACCGGGGUCUUCUCCAUCUAUGCCGCCGUGUGCUGUGUCGCGCUCGCCUUCGUCGCGCUUCGGGUGCCCGAGACCAAGGGCCUGCCGCUCGAGGUCAUCGCCGAGUUCUUCAAUGUCGCCUCCAAGGGCAUGCCAAAGCUCGACCACGACGAAUGAAUCUCGCCGCGCGGAAGGAUAAUGAUAUUUUGCUUGAAUUGUUGUUUGUGUGCCAAAUGUAUUUUGUGUGAGCGUCAUUUCAAAUUUUGGAUGAACAAAACCAUGGACAAUGUGAGCACAAUGGGGUACAUAGAUAGAUGCGAUGUAAAACCAAAAUCUCAACAAAAUCUGAUUCCAAAUUGGACCAAAGAAAAACUACAAAUCAUAUUAUUGAUAUUAACUACAGUAGUUCAAAUUAAAUGGUGGCAUAAGCCCGUUGACACUAUCACACAUUUUGUUUUUGUUUCUUCCUUUCUUCUUCUCCUCGAAAUGUAGUUUGUGCUUGGAUUUAAAUCAUGUGAGUUUGUAAGAUACAAAUAUCAUGCGCAUUAUUUUUAAAAUUUUCAAGUUAACUUAAAUUUUUAAAGUUGUCUUUGUCUUUCUUCUAUGUUCGUUGGGGAGGAUACUGCAAGCAACUUAUUAAAUGUCGGAGGCGCCUCCAGCAUCCGUUGUUGUUUAUAGUUGUCGAGUUGGCUUUAAGAGCUUUACUACUAGUUCACAACUGAAAGAAAAACCUCAUUUCCUUUUUAAAAAAAAUCACAUAUGUUGGUGCUGAUUUUCCACUCUUUCUUCGCUAUACGUUUUUUUUCUCUAUUUCUCUAUCUAUAUGUACUACUUUAAAAUUCCUUUUAAUUCCAGGCGGAAUGCUUAGUCCAAUCUUCCAUCCUUUUUCCUAAGCAUCAUUCUUGGAAAAUCAUUUUACCUUUUAUUGACUUACCAAAUGAAUUUAUGUUUCCUUUCAUAAGCAAAUAAAUUACUACAAAAUAAAAUCCUAAAAUUAUUUAGGUACAUAUAUCACGGACAGGAUUUGGUAACAUUUAUUUUAUGCAAUCACAUUAAUAUGGAUACAUAAAUCACGACCAAGCGGUCAGCUUGAUAAGCUACCUACAAAAAUUUGCAAUCAAAGGAUACAUAAAUCACAGA